AUGAAGGCCAACAGACGUAGAGGGAGGAGUGUUAUUUGAUUGACUGUUCAAGUCAUUCAUUUAUAUUUGUGUUUUGGUUUUGGUCUUAGAUCGACUAGAUAAUUUCAUAUACCUAGCAAAAAGUGGGCGAGUGUUUAAACAAUUCACGAUAAUCUAGACUAUCAUAAUUACCGAGAAAUUGAGAAAGGUUUGCGUAAUCUACUAAAAUCAGUCAUCAAGGCAUGAUAGACUUCCAUUAAAUCUGUAAACAUGCAUUUUUCUAUACCCGAUUUGCAGCAGUUUCAUGACGACAAUGGGGUCUCUUAUACGGGUUAUAAUAUGUAUAUUGACGGUUUUUUCCACUGCACUGCCCGUUACAAGCAACUUCUCAGUUUACAUGAACAGUUGCAGGCACAAAAUCCUUUUUUCAAAUUGCCACAGUUCCCGCCGAAAAAAUUGUUCCUUACUAGUUCACAGCUUGAAGAAAGAAGAGUCUUAUUAGAAAAAUAUAUACAAUUAGUUGGUCAGAAUCCUGUUUUAGCAAAUUCAGAUCUUUUAAUUACAUUCCUCUUUUCUGCUCAACAAGAAACUCAUUCUGUGAAAAUGCAUGAAGUGGACAUUGAAAUCUCACUCAUGAAUGGCUACAGAAUACCUCUUUCAGUGUCAUCCACUGAUUCUUCCAGUACAAUACUCGACAUUGCUUGUAAUUAUAUCAAUUUGCCAAAAGAUUUGACUAAAUACUUUUCAUUGUAUCUCAUCAACUGGAGUUGUGCGAAAGAUGGUGAACCUGCAUUAAAAAAAUUAGAGGAAUAUGAAUCUCCAUAUAUAUCACAAAAGUAUGUAAGACCAGAGGAUAAAAUUGUUUUGAGGAAAAGCUAUUGGGACCCUUGUUAUGAUGUUGAUCUGAUGAUAGAUAGAGUGUCAUUAGACCUAUUGUAUUUACAAAUUAUAGAGGAUUUAGAUUUAGGUUGGAUCACAGCAGACUUACAAACCAAGGAUAUAUUAUCAUCAUAUGAAGCAAAGAAACAGAAGAGAGAGUACAUAGAACUGGCGAGAACUCUACGCCAUUAUGGUAGGAUACCAGCAGGACAAGCGAUCACUGACGCUGGUAACCUUGGUGUGAGCGGCGAUAUGGUCAGAGUAAGAGUGUCGCUAGCAUCCAAAGAGUUGACGUUAACGAGUGAAACCAACCCGGCGAGGGAACAGCGGUUCAAGGUCACAAGAAUGAGAUGCUGGAGGAUCACUACCUUGCAUACGAAGGUGCGCAGUAACGGUAUGACUGUAACGUCACUUCAGAUGGAGAGACCACAAACAAACGGCCAUGGAUCAUUACUAGAGGAAUCGAAUAAAAAUUUUGAGCUGUCGUUCGAAUACCUCAUUAGUAAAGACAAUUUGAAAUGGAUAACCUUGAAGACGGAGCACGCCACUUUUAUAAGUGUUUGCUUACAGUCGAUAGUCGACGAGCUAAUGCGUCAGAAGAAUGGUUCUGGCCCAGUGACGCCACGGUGCGGCAAACGCGGCAGCCUCACGUACUUACGUCGGGAUGGCUCCAGCCAGCUCAUCACGCCUUCCUCUUCGAGCGACACGCUCAGCUCGGCUAACGGAGACUCAUUUACAUCAGGCAGUUCGAGAGAGAUAUUCUCAGUGCAGAAAUUGACAGAAAAAUUUGCAUCUGUCGCCUUUAAAACGGGCAGGGAUUGUGUGGAAAACAACGCCUUCGAAGCAAUAGGAGAUGAGGAACUGUAAGAUACAUUGAUGCAUUAUGAUUUGCACGGUCCAAAGAUAUUCAACACUGCGAGUGAAGUUGCCAAUAUUUGUAUAGCCAUAACAUGUAUAUAUUGUACAAUUCUAAUCUUUCUCUAAGUCCCUAGAUAGGUACCUUAAGAGUGUUCAUACCAUAAGACGCUAUGGAUACUAUAGAAACAGAAGGUGUCGAUGUUACCUAUCAUAUUGAAACAACGAUAAAAUAAUUUUAUAUACUUCUUAAUUAUUAUUUUAAAAGUGCCUCUAUAGUUUUACAACGAACUAUUUAGUGACAAUAGAAAUGCUAAAAUAUUUCACAUACAACAAACUGGAUAUAAAUGUUAAUUCCAUUGGAAUGUUUUGUCUUGUUUAUUAUAUUGUUUUUGAAGUCAUCAUUCAGACAUAUGAGAAAUUAUUUAUUCGGAUUUUGAUAAGUAACAUAUACACUUUUAGUCUUACAAUAUAAACUCUCUUAAAUUCUUAUAUCGAAUAUUAACUAUUAUUCUAUAUCCAAUACCAUUAUCUUGCCAUAUUACAUGGUAGAAAACAUAUCUUCGUAAGCAACGUUCAAGUUGUCAAGUACCUAACUUAAACAGAGAACUUUGUAAACUUUUGUACAUUUAUCUACUUAUCAGAAAUUAAUUAAAAAUUUAUCUUAAUCGUGAAGUGAUAAUUAAUUAAGUACGAUCUUUUUAAGAAUCAUCGUUAGUUAGAAACUGUAGGCUUAAAUAUAAAGAAUUUAUUGGGAAACUGCCUAGUCGGUUUUAUCUCUAAUGUUUUGAAGCUCCAAUUAUGAGUAGACGAUUUUUGAUCGAACAAGAAUGAGGCAACAACAACGUAUCGAAACCGUUCCAUGCGUAGGUAUGAGGCAAUUUAAUAUGGCCAUAGACAAAGCUAUCUGCUAGUACAAAAGUAUGUCGUAUUUAAGGGAGAUGGAGAAGGGGAGUGUGAACCGUACCCAGUCCAGAAUUGUUCAAUGCCCACUCCAAGAUACGAACAAGGUUUCGUUAAGACAUACAAUUAAAGGAAAGGCUAAGAGAACAUAUUUGCCUUUUUAAAAGGCCAGCCUCUCUUCCCAGUCUCAAACUAAUCUUAAAUAAGCCAAUGGAUAAUCUCUAUGUCAUAAUUAUCUGCUGUCACAUUCUUGUUCCUUCAAAGUUUGUGUUUACCAACUUGUGUUUAAUUCUCUCUUUAAUUUUUAAUAUAAUUAAAUACAUUUUAUAGAAGGUUCUAUUACUUGUAAAUGUAGUAAUAAGUUACAGAUUUUAAUUCUGUGUAUAAAUAAUCUGGAAAAAAAGUGAACCUAAUCUGAUUUAUUAUACAUAUAUUUAUUGUUUGUAUGUUUAUAGUUUUUGUAAAUGUUUAUGUAAAAAUUACCUUUUUUUUUUGUAUAUUUUUAAUACGUUUAUACGAUUAUGCGACUUCGAAAUAAGUUUUUCGGUAACGUUUAUUAAUGUUAAAAAACAAAUAUGAAUUUCUAUGCAUCAGCAAUUUCUCGAAUUUAAGACUAAAUUAGACAAUAUCGUUUUGAAAGCUCAAUUUAUUUUUAACGUUCAUGCGAACAAACUGACGAAAAUUACGUAAAGCACAAAGACAUUGUAAAUUUUUAUCACUAACAUUUUUUAAUAUUUUUACUAGGCAUUCUGCCUUAACUCUUAAAUGCCUGAAGUUUCAAAUUUGAUACUGGGGUUUGCAUUGUUUCAUUGUUAAAUAAAUUUAAAUAUUUUGAUUACCAUAAUGCUAAAGUAUCAAAAAUGAUACCAAAUUUUUUUUUUUAUUCAAAAUAUAUAGAUAAAAAUAUCGUUUUGAUUUUUUUACUAUUUUUCGCCAUUAGUAAACACAGUAAAGGACACACUUAUAUAUUUUUUAAUUUGAUUUAAAAGACCAGGCUUUUAAGGGUUAAUGAAUUUACUCGUUUCAUACAACACCCAAUACAUAUACUUAUCCAGCACUCUGAAACUGUUUAUUGUUUAUACACAGACAGACUCCAUGACUCCUUUUAUAUUUCCAUAGCAUAAUAUUAUAAAGCAAUACAUGAAAUAAAAGUAGAUCACAAGUAUAGUUAAGGAUGAUGAACACAUUUGCCAGCGAGAUAGGAAUGAGGUACUUAUUUACUACUGCUAACUUUUUACUCGUAACUAACUUUUUGUAUCAACUGGCUUUUGACGUAAUCAAAUUGGGAUAAAAAUGCAUAAUUUUUUACCAUCUAACCUAAAAAUGUGGCACAAACUACUUACAAAGGUAUUUCUGAAACACGGUAAUCAUUUACUAUUUAUUAGUUUAGCCAUGUACUGGUGUGCCAUACUUUCAUAUAAAAAAUCAUAAACCAUUUUAAUAUUUAUUCGAAAGUUGGCGUGUUAUAACUCUGUACUGAACUGAAGUAUGUUCAUAUAUAUCUUUUAAUGUGACUACUAGGAAUCGAUCCCAUAACUGUGUAAUUUAUUUUUAUUAUAGAAAUAAAAUAUUCUGAUGUAGUUAAUGAAACGUAAAUGUUUCGUAACCAAAAUAUUAUGUCAAAGACUGCAUUCUGUGGAUUAUUGGAAACCACGAAAUGACGCCUUUAGAACGAAAGUGAGAAGUAAUGAUUAUAGAAAAAUAAACAGUAAUAAAUAAAUAAAAAAAGUUUUUGCAGUUUUAUAGGACAUCGGAAUUAUGAGGGUAAAUAGAAUGAGUAAGCCACAGACAUAGAUUAAUAAUACGUAGAUAGACAACGACUAUCUUAAUUUUUAUGAGAACUAAAUUUUACUACUAGACUACUCGUCAUAUUAUUAUGUUACACAAGUUAUUUAAUGAUAGCUAAGGCUUUUUCUAAAUACUAUCUGAAUGCCGUCUUCAAAUUUUUACAACCGAAAUUGUAGAAUUUCAAAUCAAGAAAGCUGAAAUCAUAUUAUGUUAUAUUUAUAAUGUCUAAGCAAGGCCAUGACAUUGUCUGCGUAUUUGAAUCUAUUUUUGAGGUGAUAGCUCCACCUAAAAGUUGCCUACUUAUUAAUAAGCACUGGCAUGCAAGUCACAUUUACAAGCACUAGUAUAUCACCGAAAAACCAAUAGAUCUAAUUGUAAAUAAGUAUCGAUUUAGUACUGGUUUUAGGGUAAUCGCAGAUUAUACAAGUGUAGUAGUACAAGUAGGGUUGCCAACUCUCAAAUGUCCAACCCGGCAGAUUUUUAUGUUUAAAUAUUUAAUCGAGGGGGGGGGGGGGGAGUCUAACCUCAUUGUACAAUUUGACACUAAGUCAAUAUUUUUAGAAAAACCGGAUAAAAUAUUGCACUCCGGGAGGUUAACGGGUUAAUCAUUAUUACCGGAGUCUCCCGGGCGAUCUGAGAGAGUUGGCAACACUAAGGACAAGGGACAAUCAAAAUAUGGCCUAUGGAGUGGUUGAACUAGGUACUAUGCUAAUGCAAGGACUGCAAAAUAACUUUUUUAUAAAUAGAUAGUAAACAAUAGAAACAUGUAUAAUCGAUUCUAAAGGCUCGAAAAUGUAGAUAAUUUAAUUGUGUAACAAUUUCUGUAUAACGCGUAGAUAAUUUAAACCCUCAUAUGGGAUAUAGAAGUGAAAGGUUAGGUGAGAGGUUAUUAGAUAAAGUUAGGAAAUUUUUAAGACUUGUUUUCGUCUGUCGGCCUCAUCGUUUAAAAGCAUAUAGCCUCCGUAAUACCGAUUCCUUUAAAUAUAUCUAUAUUGAUUUGAAUUCAGAAUUGAAUCUCAUGAGUAUUUUGAAACAACAGAUAUAGAAUUCUGAAUCUCAUUAUGAAAUGAAAUAAUCAUCACUUUAUAGUAAAUAAAAUCUCGAAUAAUACAAAGUGUAAGGGAAUUGGAAACUUUUUCUUAAUAGGUACUAAUUUACUAAUUUAAUCAUGUAACCACACAAUUUGUACGAGGUUUGUCCGGAAAGUACGUAUAAAAGUUUUUUAAAAAUUUUAUUUUACAAUUAUUCAGGUAAAUCAAUUUUAUCCCCUUCAAAGUACUCCCCCUGUGACAUAAUGCACUUGUGCCAACGCCGUUUCCACUGUGAGAAGGCUCCUUGAAAGUCCUCUGGUUGUAGGUUUCUCAGCUGCCCCGUCGUAGCUUUUUUUAUCUCAUUUAUGUCCCCCAAAUGCCGCCCCCGAAGUACCAAUUUGGUUUUUGGGAACAAGAAGAAGUCACACGGGGCCAAAUCCGGCGAAUAGGGGGGUGUUCGGUCACCGUAAUGGAAUUUUUACUCAAAAACUCACGGAACGAUCUUGGCGCAAAUUUUUUUCAUUUGAAGUUCGUUUCUUAGAAUUUCGUGGACCACGGUUUUGCCCAAAUUAAGCUCUUCAGCCACCUGUCUGACCGUUAAACGACGGUCCCCAUUAACACAAGUUCGAAUUCUUUCCACGUUUUCGUCGGAAUGUGAAGUGGAAGGACGUCCUGAACGUGGGUCAUCUUGAACGCUUUCUCGGCCCUCUCUGAAUCUUUUUAGCCACUUGUGGACGGUUGGUUCCUUCACAGCAUCAUCCCCAUAAACUGUUCUGAGAUCGGCAAAAAUUUCACGGCCAUUCUUGCCGAGUUUCGAGAGAAACUUGAUUACGACGCGCUGCUCUUCAACGGAAGCGGGCUCCAUGCCGACGGGGUUUCGUUAAGAGGUAACUUCACAGAUGGCGUGACAAGCCAGUUCGCACCGCACGGCGGUCAGACCAGAACUGAAGCAUUGUUAGGGACAUAAGGAAGGGGUCCUGCGCUUACCUGGCCUCCCCACUCCUCUUUCUCGCAUUCCAGAACACUUUUAUACGAACUUUCCGGACAGACCUCGUAUGAAAGACUUUUUUUGGUAUUUCAAUCAGAUUAAAUACUUUGUUCUUUCAGGAAUGUUAUGGUCCACACAGUAAGAUGUACAUAAUUCUCCUCUAUUAUUUCGGCCAUAAACUGCUUUAUGUUGACGUAAUAAAGUAUCAAUAUACUUUAUUAUGUCAAAAUAUUAUUUUGUGCAAAUGCAAAUACAUAUAAUGAUUGGAUUAGUUAUUGAUUUAUAUAAAAUUGGUAUAUCGCUGAUAACAUCAUGUAGAAUACACAGUACACUACAGGUAGAAUCAAUAAAUGAUGAAAAAAAAAUUCUUACGUUAUCUAUUUUUUUCACGUAGGAAACUUAUAUGUACAAUGUUUCUGUAGGUACGAGUACACAGGAACUAUUUAUUACAUUAAAAAUAAUUUAGUUCCUAUGUAUAACUACAGGUACUACUGUAAACAGAAAUGACAAUAUAUGUAUUUUUACAUAUAGAAAUACUUUAUAUAGCUAAUAUAUAUGUUUCGAAACCACUCUGGUUCAUUUUGUUACUAUUAAGUACCUGUAGUCUAGUCUGAUUGAAAAUUACGAGUUUAUUUGUAUAUCUACCUACUAAACUUUUCAAAAAUAUACUUACCUUGUUUCUAAAAUUGAAACAUAUGGUACGUUUAAUUCGAGUCAGACUCGCAUGUUCAUUUUGUUUACAUUAUUUUUAAUUCAAUAAAAUUGACUAUAAGUAAUUAACUAGGUAUAUAAUAUAUUUAUCUAUAAACGUAACCAAACGCCUAAAAUAUUUGGAUAUUUUUUUUUUUCUUAAACAGGGCUAUUAUAGACUAUUUAUUAGUUCAGUAUUAUAUUAAGAAUAUAGAUAAUUUGACAAAUACAUAUAACGUGUCCCAAGAGAAAAAAUGUAACAAAACAAAUAACCAAAUAUUGUGAUGGACUCGUAAUUCGCUGAUAGACUGAAAUGAUUGACUCAUGGUCGGUAAUGAUUGGUUCAUAGUCAGUAAUGACUGCGAUGCUUGGCUCCUGUUCCGUAAAGAUUAGGGCCGAUUCUGAGAUGCCAUUCCAUUAAAGCUAUCUUUUAAUUUUCAUGAUUACCCGAAAUUAUUGUUUUAUAAACUAUCUUAAACUAAAAAUAUAAUAUUUUUGACGCUCGUCUAGUAAAAAAUUGGUCCUUACAAUGAAAAUGUCACUGUGAUACCAAAUUGAAAUAUUGAUUUUAGAGAUAGAUUUGGAAUAAUGACGCCUCAGAAUCGACCCCAUUGGCUCACAAGCCGCAAUGAUCGUCUUACGGUCUUUUUUAUUCGGUUUGUUACUUUUUUAUCGCCUUGGACUUACCUGAUGGUGAACUUUCCUAAUUUGUGAUUUUGAACAUAUAACAUCUAUAAAUUUCCAUUUUUAAUAAAAAUCCAUUGUUGCAUAUUAUCAUGUUUGUUAUUAUGGUUAUAAGAAAUUAAUUUUUUAAUUUUGUGGGACCAUUUUCAAUUAAGUAGGUAUAAUGAUAUAAUAAAUCCUAAUUAAUGUACGUAGGAAAUUUGCCCCAAUCCUCAGAGGCCAUGUAAUGAUAUGUAUUCUUUAUGCCAUACUUAUAUUAUAUUUACAAUAUUACUUACUUUUUAUAUAAUUUCUUUUUAUUCGGUAGCGUUUUGAAUUAUUUUGAUAUAAUAAAAUGUUUCAAUAAUGAAA